AUGUGCGGUGGCAUGAGUACGGACGCUAGGACUCGCACCAAGCCCCACUCGACUCUGAGGUAUCUUUGCGUCGGACUCGCGCUUCCUGGCGAGGGUGGCGUGGUUGGGGAGAAGGGCUUGGUCUUCCUCCUGAACUCCCCGCUCGGCAAGGUCGCUGAGGAUGGUGGCCUUUUCUGGAGCGCAUUGAAUCUGCGGAUCUUCGCUGCCUUCUGGAGGCAAGUGAUUUCCGAUGGCCACUACCUCCUGUACAACUGGAUCGUGAAGGCAGACCCGGACACGGUGUUCUUCGUGGAUCGUCUCCGAAAUGUGCUCGAACUACACGAAGAAGGCUCCCAGGAUUUGGCCAGCACAGAUUCUCUGCCUAGCUGCUCCAGCUACACGCCAGCUUCUGGAAUCAUGGCAGAGACGGCAGAGGAUAGGGCUGCUCUUUGUGGUGUUUUGGCUGCAUGCUUCGGCAAGGACGGCAACUUCACGGUAGUCGUAGAAGAACGCUCGUCGGACAUGCUCGAGAGCUCAAAGGAGACUGAGGCGAGUGUGAAGCGCACGGAGUUCAAGGUGUGGUCGGUUCUGCUUGCCCAAUGGUCUCCCGUCUUUGAGAAGAUGGUAGGAUCGGACAACUAUGCCGAGUCGCAGCAGUCGCAGGUUGUCAUCCAAGACUUCUCGGCUGGUGCCGUCGAGAUCUUCCUGCGCUUCUUGUACUCUGGGAGCGUCGGGGGCUCCAUCACUGCUCUGGUGGAGGUGGCCGCUAUAGCCGACAAGUACCAGGUUGAGGCAUUGUAUCCUUUGUGCUUGCGUCUUGUGCGGGCCGCGCUCAAACCUGAGCUAGCCUGCGAGGUCUUCGCUAUCGCAGACCGCUUUCAUGUGGCUGAGAUGCGAGCAGAGGCGCUCGAUGUCAUCUUCACCCACCCUAAAGAAGCGCUGGGAGAGCGUCCUGAGAUCCGACCGGAGCUUUUGGAGGAGAUCCUCGGCUCAAGCCUGCUGUGCAUAGCAGGGGAUGAGCUAAAGGAGCUUCUCCAAAGCUGGCGAACGAAGGAAGGCAACUCCGUAGAAUCGAUCAUCAGCACCAACGUCCGAACACACAGUGAGCACACGAAACAUGUGCUGUACACACUCUGGGAGCGCUACAGAGAGGCCGGGAAGAAGGGCACUUUCGUGGGCGGCUGGGUAGUCGUGAUCCUGGGCCUGGAGCAAAGGGAGGCCUACACCAUGGCCCAGCUCGAACGAAUAGCAUCAUCUAACGAGACCUUCACCCUCCGAAAGGGGUGGGUGCAGUGGCAGCUUCUCCAUGCCGCGGUUCAUCUUCAGGGCUUCUCUUUUGAGACUGCGGUUCGUAAGGAUGGCUCUCCCUCGUUCUCCGCAUCUUUUCGGAUCUGGUCCUCCGGGGACGGCUCGACCUGGCACCUCGCCUACGAGUCGCUCGAGAAGGAGAUCGCAGUCAACGCUUUCUUGGCUUGCAAAAGACCUCCGAGCCUGGUCGACUACUUUAAGGUCGAAGUCCUGGAGGGUGAGCUCUCGGAUUUUUGGUUCAACAUCCACGGCAUUUUGCAGACGCCCAUCUGA